AUGCAGGCCCAAACAGCAAAUGCUGCUGCAAACCCAGCGACAGGUGCCACCAUCACACUGACAGACACGGUCACUUCCACUGCGACAUUGACGUUUACCACGACGGUCACAAACGGACCUAUCCCUACUCCUUCGAAUGCUGCUGCACCUACCGGCUCUGUCAACGUGUCCCCGCCGCCUGCAAGCUCGCCUCUUGGUAACAAUGCAGGUGAAGCUGCUCCAAUCGCGUCCUCAGGACCAAGUGCCGCGCUGAAUCCGGCAGUCGCCUCGGGAUCUCCGUCGGCGUCCGUUCCUUUGGCGCAACAGUCGAGCGUUGCUUCUUCACCAGCUACACCAGGUCAGCCAGCGAACGCCACGAGCGUUCCUGCUGCGACAAACCCUGCUGCACCCAAUCCCGCUGCACCCAAUCCUGCUGCGACGAACCCUGCUGCGACAAAUCCUGCUCCGCUCAACCCUGCUCUCUCUGGCUCCGCUCCGACUGGCUCCGCUCCAACUAGCUCCGCUUCAUUAGAGGCAACCACUGUUGCAGAUCCGUUGACUUUGAAUGCUGCUACACAAGGCAACGCGCCUCCGACCGGGACAUCAAUCAAUUCGUUCACCAACAACCCUGGCCUGACAGGUGGCUCUUCACCAGGGCUUCAACCUUCGCCGACUGCUCAGACUGAUUCUUCGCCCGGCCAAUCAGGACCUGAAACAACUAGCGGCACUGUACCCCCGUUCCCAGCUGGAAAUUUCUCGCAGCCGACCGGCUUUCAGAACGCUACUUUUCCCAAUGGGAGCUCGACGCAGACGUCUGGACCUAACACAGCAGUGAGCCCAACAGGACCAUCAUCGCCAUCUUCUGGUUCAUCAAAUGGUACAGGUGGGUACACAGGCCUUGGUCCAGGAGGCCUUCCCCUUCAGCGCAUUCCAGCCGAUGGCAGUGAUGGCGCGAGUCUAGGGGGCGUUCAGACGGGUUCUGAUCAACUUUCCACGACGACGAGACUUUCUCCUGGCAUUGAGACUGCAUUUCCCAACGUUUCCAGCACGGCAGCUACUGGCACUGGCAGUGCAGUCGGGGCUAGCGGACCAUCGGCUCAAUCGUUAUCGGGCGAUGAUUUGCAGGGAAGUGGCACAGGCGCAACUGGUCAGACGGGAACCGCGAUCGCAAUAUCGCCUCCAUCAGCAAAUUCCGUGGGCCCUUCAUCGGUGGGAACCUCCAGCGGCAGCGGUCAAGAUGCUGGCGAAAGUGCAUCGAGUCUAGUUCUAGGCACAGCCUCUGCUGGUACAGCUACAUCUCCUAGCGGUUCGAGCGCUGCGAUUGAUUCUGGAGCCACGGCCACUGCGACGAACACAGCCACGUCUCCUGGUGGUUCGAGCACCUCGAUCGAUCCAGGACUCACGGCCUUUGCGGUAGAUACAGCCAUGGGAGCCGUGGUUGACACUACAGGUACCACUAUCGCAAGCGUCUCAACCCCGGCAAGCGCACACGGUAGCUCAUCUGCAUCAGGAUCGGUCGGAGCAGGCGCAUCGACAGCAUCUGCUUCAAACGGAUUGAACACCCCCGAUGCAUCUGCUACUAUGAUUAUAUCCGCUGCGGCCGGCACCAAUAGUGCAUCUGGCGCUUCAGUUUCACCUGGUGUCGCAUCUGCAAUUCCUGGGUCAUCGGGGACUGGGACGUCCGGCAAUAUCGUGAGCGCAUCGAGUGCCUCCGCUACACCAGCAUUGGCCAUCAGUGUCGAUUUGAGCAUCCCUGGCGCCGUCACGUUCACGCCUGGCGUCAAUCCCGGUUCAACUCCUGGAGUGCCAGUCACCUCUGCACCAACCAAUGUCGCUCCCGGCGUCGUUCCCGGUGGUGUUGGUACUGCAAGCGCUUCAAAUGCGGCGGCAAGUGGCUCAGCAUCUUCGGGUGCUGGUCUUCCAGCGGUCAUUCCAUCAGGAGGCAUCGGCAUCGGUGCUGGUGCGACCGUUGGUACGAGCGAUGGACCUGGUCUGACCGCAACCGUCAAUAUCGGCAAUCCUAGUUCUUCAGCUACAAGUUUACCAGGCGGUGUUGGAAUUGACGUUGGAGCCACCGUCACUGUCAAUGCAGAGACGGUAGUGGCCGCUGUCACCAGCGUCGCCAGCCCAGUAGUCAGCAUCCUUCCUGUAUCGCUCCCUACUCGAAUUGCAGUAUCUGCCGACCUCGGCGUCACGGCUGCUCUGCCAGCGGUCACCCGACUUCCUCAACUUCUGCCACAAGCGCCUGCUUCCCCAGAGACCAUCAUCAUCAUCUCCACGGUCGCUAACCCACCUUCCAUUAUCACCAUCACGACUAUUGCCGCGGCUGCGGCUCCCUCGACCGUCACACUACCAGGUCAAGCGGCCCCUGCUGCGCCCACGACUGCUGCUCCCCCAGCAGGAUCGGCUGCGGCGGCGGCUGCGAUGCCUCUCACAUUGACGACAAUGACAAGCACAAUCCGAUCACGCCAGGGUUUGAUUCCGGCGAUCAUCAGCGUGGCGACAAGUUUGGUGCGCCAGGAGGUCAAUCCGCUUCUGCCUUCAGGGCUGAACAGGAUCUUAGGAACUUGA